AUGUCCAUGUCAAUGGGUGAUAUGCCCGCGGGCUCCAUGGACAUGGGAGAUGGAGUCCCAAGCCUAUUCACUCUACAGAAGAUGUACUGGGCUGUCGUGGGAAGUGCUAUCGGCGUAGCAACCAUCGUGAAUGUGCUGGACCGAAUUAUUUCUCGGCAUCGCCUACGGGAUUCUUCGCUCACCCCCGCCAAACCAAAAUCGCUGUUCUUUAAUCUUUAUGCGACUAUCACAGCGACAGUGCGCGAAGUCAGCUAUGCAACACCACACCCGCUCAAAAUCGGAGGCUUGACUCUCCACUUCCCGCCACUGGGCCCCGUACUGAUCAUGUUGGCCAACUUGAUUACAGUCAUGGUCCUAUGCUUCUACAAACUCGACACGCUUGAUCCAUGGAAAUGGGAACAAGUCGGCUACCGCACCGGGUUCAUUGCCAUCUGUCAACUGCCCUUAAUUUUCCUGCUGGCAGGUAGACAGAACAUCAUUGGCUUUCUGGCUGGAAUGAGCUACGCCAGUCUGAACUGGUACCACCGCUGGAUCUCACGCACACUAUGGCUGACAGCUACUAUUCACAUGGGAUUCUGGUUUCGUGACUAUGAUCGCUGGCAUUACAUCCUCUACCAGCUCAAGAAUGAUCCUUUGACCAUGCGUGGAUUCGCUGCUUGGAUUAUCCUCACCUUCAUCGUCAUCAGCUCUUUCGCCCCAGUUCGCCGCCUCAGUUAUGAAUUCUUCGUGAUUCAACACUUGGUCACAUUUGUCGGGUUCCUUGUUGCUGUAUGGAUGCAUGCACCAAGCGAGGUCAAGACCUGGGUCUGGGUACCCAUUGGCCUGGUGGUAUUUGAUCGCGUCGCUCGUUACGCUUGGGGUGCGUAUGUCAACCUGGCCAUAUUCCAUCGGAAAACAAGUCCAAAUGCGCUUUGGGCGCACUCUGCAACCUUCACUCCACUGCCAGGAAAUGUCACUCGCGUGACUGUUUUGAAUCCUGGUAUCAGAUGGCAACCUGGUCAGCACGUCUUCCUCACUUGUCACUCCAUCGUUCCACUGCAGUGCCAUCCUUUCACUAUUGCUUCUAUUCCGGAGGACAACAAGAUGGAGUUUCUUAUUCGUGCAGAGAAUGGAGGAACAAGGAGGUUCUUCCGAUUUGCGUCAAAGAAUGACAGUGUCCUGGGAGGAAGGGAAGUAGCUUCGCGCGGACGAACAAUUUUCAUUGAAGGGCCGUACGGAAGUAUGCGCCCCUUGCGCCAGUUUGACAGCGUUGUUCUACUGGCAGGUGGAAUGGGUGCGACAUUCACCAUGCCCCUACUCAGAGACGUAGUCUCUGCGUGGAAAACGGAAAGCAUUGAACCAGCUUCAAGUCAGACCGCGAGACUGGCUGCCACUAAGCGAGUACGAUUCAUCUGGGUUAUCAAAUCUCGUGCCCAGCUGUCUUACUUUGAGGAACAGCUCCAAUCUCUGCUAGCAGAUGUUUAUGAAUGCCGGCAGUCACAGCCCAACUUUAACAAAGAACUCGAAGUGAGUAUCUACAUUACUUGUGAUGAGAAGUUGGACCCGCCCACUAUUUCGGAAGCUCCCUCGGUACCAGCACAGAGCUUCACCCAAGAUGCCUCCACGUUUGACGAAAAGAAGAACCCCGGAGCAGAUCAUGUCUCCAUCCGCUCCAUUUCCAGUCAGACCACAUCGGAGCGAAAGCCCAAGCCCACAGGAACUGGUUGCCUUCCUGGCGGAGGAUGCUGUUGCACAACUCAAAUCGAAGACGAAGACGAGAUUGCCAACUGUACCUGUACCUGUGCCGGCCCUGUUCAGUCCGAGAAAGUCAGCUCAAAUUUCAAAGACGAGAUACAGCCGAGUAUAUCUGGAAAGUCCAAUAUCAUCCAUCCCACCAUGGUUUCAGGUCGUCCAACCCCCCGCAUCAUCAUUCGAAAGGUCUUGGAAAAGGCCGAAGGCGAAAGUGCGGUCGUCGUGUGCGGACCCCGCGGACUGGCAGAUGAUGUGCGCCGCAGUGUUGUUUCCCUGAGUGAUGAACGGGCUGUUCACAAGGGAACUGGCGCACAGGGCAUUUACUUGCAUGUCGAGAACUUUGGGCUAUAA